AUGUUAGCUAAAAUCUUCUUGCUUACUACCGCCUUAUUGGCCAUUUCCUGUCAAGAGUACAAGUACAAAAUUAAACCAGUCGUUCAGCAUGAACAGUCUAAGGACUACAGAUACCAUCCAACCGAACGAGUUCCAUACGUUUACCGCCAGGAACCUGCACCAAUUCACGAAGAUGAAAAUCAAGCUCAGCCCGAAAGUCAGUACCAUCACGAAAACGGGCAUGCGACUUCAUCGCAAAGCAUAUUGCGACACCAGCCGCAGCCAGUUCAAGAGUCUCAGGAAAACUACCCGGAAUAUACACCGGAAGCGGUUACCUACAAGCAGUAUUUUCAAAGUCACGAGCAAUUGAACCAACACCAGCCAGCUCAACAUCAGCCCACUGUUCAUAAUGUACAUUACCCAGCGGUCCGUCAUCAGAUACAUGCCAUUCAACCAGUACGUCAUGAACCUCAGACUCAAUACAUUCAACCCCAUGAGGCUAUUCCACACCACUACCCCUUAAAAACUCAUCAAGCUCCUGUUUAUCAUCAAGCUGAGGCUCAAAGCCACGACUCGCACGAAGAACUCGUGGAUUAUUAUGCUUACCCCAAGUACCAGUACGAAUACAAAGUUGAGGACCCACAUACCGGAGACAACAAGUUUCAACAUGAGAUCCGUGACGGAGAUAAUGUAAAGGGCGUAUACUCCUUGCAAGAGGCUGAUGGUUCUGUUCGAACUGUUGAGUACAGUUCCGACAAACAUCAUGGGUUUAAUGCCGUUGUUAAACACUCUGCGCCUGGUCAUCAUGUGCAGAUCGAGAGUCAUCACGAAAAU